GUGACGUCAUUGGAGGCUGUGUUGUUAUAUAGGAGAUGCGCAUGAGACCAUCUCACAGUUUUGACAAGUGCCUGUGUGUUGUACGAGUAUUGAAAAUGCUGAAAUUCGGAACGUUUUUCGCGAUCGCCUUGGCGUUCACCACGGCGGUGCCCACAAAUGUGUUGCAGCUGGACUUGACCCCUGAAGAAGCUCAGAAGUAUCUGAACAGCCCCCCCUUCACAGAACCUAAGCUGGCUGGCCGUACAGCUGUUUUGCCUUUGAUUCGCUACAACGACCCAAGGUUUCGCUCCGCAGAAGCUGGCCCCACUCUCGGCCACUAUUGGAAGAAUGGACGCGAAAUUGAGAACCCAGAAGAUUAUGUUGAAGAAGUGAGUGUCCGCUACUGGGCUGACAGCCAAGGCUUCCACCAAGAGGACAACAUUCCCAAGGUGGUUCUCAAGCCAGUGGAAGAAGCAGAGGAUGUAAGACAGGCCCGUCUUGCUCACGAGAAGGCUUGGCAGGAGGCGGCGGCGGCGGCGCGCGUGCAGCCCGACCCUCAAGGAGAAUACAAUCCCCAAAAUGACUACCAACCAGCCGCUUCCGAACAACAAAGUGCCUACGUAGCUGCUCCCGGCCAGGUUAGCCAGGCCCGUGAAGGCAAAGCAUACUAUGGUGCCCAGGAUGCUUACCAGACUGGUGCUCAGGCGUACCCCACUCCAUACCCCGAGAAAAUCGAAGAGCCUGAACCUACUGGUCCCCCACGUGGAUUCUUCUACUCCUUCAACUACCCAACAUCCAUCCUGGUAGCCAAGAAGGACCUCCAAGGAGGAUCAGCCAACCCUGGAUAUCCCGUAGACCAAGAUACCUAUUCCAUUAACGCUAAACAAUAUUAAAUGUACAUAAAUCUAAUUAAAUAAAAAGAACCUUGCCAGUAAAAAAAUUCGCAUCUAAAACUAUUAAAACAACUGACAUUCAUGACACUUGACAUUGAUAAUUUAGUUGAUUGUUUAUAAAAAAGUGUUACUGCUUUAGGGUUGUAUAAGUUAGGUGUUAGGGCCACAAGUCCAUCUUGAGAAUGUAGCGCAUAGAAAGUUUUAUUACUGUAAUUAAUAUACAAUUUACAUUUGUUUGUUUCUUGGCGAUUUCCGGCUCGGUUCGAAAGUGUAACAUUAGUGCCAUAUUUAAUGUUAAAACUAUAUGAAUGUUUCACAAAUUCUCUGCCGUUUGGUUUGUUAAACUCUUGAACCAGGUCUUUAUUUUAGUUACCAGUUAUUUUAAGUGCCAGUGUAUUGAUAUAUUUUAGAAUUAAAUAUACGCAAUUAUA